CUGACUGAUGACUGACGUCGCGGCAGUGCCGAUUUCAGAGCUCCUACACGAUGCUGAGAAAGGAGGCUGUCACGCUGGCAUCAUAUAUUUACAGCAGAUGAGACUUAGGAAAAUGGUGGACCCCCAUAGCGUUUUGUGUAUAGGCUCCCAGCUGUUGACGAAAUACUCUUCCAAACUUGGUGAUGAAAAAUGGCCUGUGCUCGAGCAAGUACUGCUAGCCUCCUUACAGGCUGGUGCUGACGACUGGAGUGCUUACUGUUUGAAAGCCCUCAAGAAAAGAUUCCCGAAAUCUCACAGAGUUCAGCGUUUGGUCGGCCAGUGUAGCGAGGCACGCGGAGAUUAUGAUGCUGCUUUAACGGAAUACGAGACUAUCAUGGAGAACGCUAGCGAUGAUAUGGCUACUGAGAAACGCAAGUUGGCGGCUAAAUUGGGAGAAAUCGGGUCUAACACAGCGGCUGGUGUCGAGGCUCUGUCGAACGAUGUGUCCAACUUCCAGACUGAUCCUGAGUUCUGGCAACAGAUGGCGAUGGCGUACGCUGGGCAGGGCCAGGCCCGACAGGCUGCCUAUUGCUUUGAGGAGGUGCUCUUGGCCAUGCCUCAUAGCAUCUACAACAUUCUCACCUAUGCAGAGCUCCUGGCCAGCGCGGGACAAAUCGAUGAUGCUCGGAAGUACUACUGCUUGGCCCUGGAGCACGAUGAGAAGCAUGUGAGAGCGUUGUGGGGUUUGCUGUCUACCAUACCACCUAAGGUCGACAACAAGACUGAGGCCAAGCUCCGUAACCUCACUGUGGGCCGUCUGAGAGCUAUUUACAAGGAGCAACCGGCGAACUCUACCAGAACUGCUAUGCUAGAGCUCCUGGCGUAGCUGUUUGUCACUGUUGAGUCGUACAGUUU